AUGGCGUUCAGCCGCUGUGGUUCGCGCUUGUACGCCUUGUCGAGGGCAACCUCCAAGAAGUUGCACAUAUACUCUAUGUUGACUGGGCUGCCGCUGAGAGGCUGUGAGCUGCAACUGCCGCUCCGCUUUGACAAAAUUUGUGUCUAUCCCGGCCACAAGGACCAUGUGGCUUUGAUCCGCAGCUCUGCUGUGCGAAUUAUUUCCAUCACAAAGUCGUUUGAGACGUACAUCGCAAAGCUGCAGCCACCGUCAAUCCCGGUGGACACGGACUUGGCCGUCUCAGCCUAUUGCUGGACCAACUCCGGGCAUUUCCUCGUGGCUACACGUCAGGGGCUGCUUUGCACGCUCGACGGGGCCACUGGUGCUUUGCUGUCUGUUUGCCAAGCAGAGCAGCCCAUUACCAGCAUUGCAUUGACACAAGACUACCUGAUCACAUCUCACAUCGGGAACACGCUGAAUUUUUGGGAACUGACACCAGAGGCGCUUCGAGGCAGUUCCGAAGAAGCUGCUAACAUUGCUUCCGGUGCAGCACCAGCGCCUAAAAUGGCUCUGUCAUCUGGCAUGUUUCAGCUCAAGAAGGUGGCUGACUUGGAAAGCGUCGGCCAAUCACAAGACCUAGGGCACAGGCUUCUGGGCCAGGUGGCCUCUGUCCAGGCAUCAACCGACUUCAAAGAUGCGGUUCUGACUACAGCAGAGGGCGAAGUUUGGACAAUCCAACUGCCCUCCAAGCUUCGACAAGAGGGCCAAGCUGACGAGUUCGAGGAGGACGACAUGUAUGUGCGAGCAGAGCAGUUGCAAAUGGAGCUGCUUUGUUGGUUUCACACCAACGCCAUCACCUGCAUUUGCCCCAUCGGCUCGGGGCUGCAGGUCUGCGCUAGUGCAGAUGAGGGCGGUCGGUUACGGCUGUGGCAGGUAUGUCGUGGAGAGGACCCUAAGGGUUUCCGAGUUCUGCGAUUCGCCUCGGCUUUGACAAGUCUCACCGUGGAGUCCAGAGGGAAAUACCUUUUUGCGAGCACCGACGGAGGUUGCAUUCACGCCAUCUCGGUCGAACGAUGGUCCGAUGCGCAGGUGAUCGACACCCAGCGCAUCAGUGAGGUGGGCAUUGCGAAAAUCUGCUGCACCGCCUCGGAGGAUGUCCCCCUUUAA